AUGCUGCUUUUGGACAAAGGUGCCAAUAUAGAUGCAGAAGAUAACGAUGGUAAAACAGCACUGGAAUGGGCGGCGUCGUAUAAUAACAUUCGUGCCUUAAAGGCUCUCCUAAAAAGAGGCGCCGAAACAGAUAACCGAGACGAGAAUAAGUUCACCCCGCUGCACUGGGCCACAAAGUCUGGCAGAGAUCGUAUGAUGCGAGAGCUGAUCGAAGCAGGAGCGAAAGUGAAUGAUCGGGAUAGAUACGGUCGCACGGCGGCCGUGUGGGUGGCGAUAUACGACAACGCAUUAGGAGUCCGAAUAUUAGCCGAGGCGGGCGCUGAUCUUGAAAUCCGCGACAACGACGGUUACAACCCUCUUCUUCACGCGACCACCCUGGAGCGCAUCCACGCGCUGAAGGAGCUUUUGAAGUUUAAGUUAAAUGUGAACGCUAGGGACAAGUCGAACGUGUCUGCUCUUAGCCUGACGGCGCAGAAUAACAACGUGUAUGGUGCUAAAGCGCUGUUAGAGGCCGGAGCAGACAAAGAAUCAGUGGAUAAUUCUGGUUACCGUGCAAUCCACUGGGCCGCAUACAACAAGUCGUUGGACGUUUUGACGGUGCUGGUGAACGCCGGAGUGGAC